UAUGCUGUUGCUGCUGCUUGGCGAGCUGCCUGGAGGAUCAGCUGCAGGACAGCAAGAUUGUCAAUGGGACUGUCGCCGCCAAGGGCGAGUUUCCCUACGCAGUAAGGCGCUCCAACAAUGUAGUAGUGUCUCCUCUUUAAAUAACUUUUAUUGCUUUUCUCAGGUAUCGCUUCGUCGCUCCAAGAGUGGACAUCAUUCCUGUGGGGGCACCUUGCUCAAUGCUGGCUGGGUGUUAACGGCGGCGCAUUGUGUGCGUUCUGCAAAUCCUCAAGAUGUGAAUGUACAAUAUGGCAGCAAUAUCAUCGCACGCAAUGCCACACAGUUGGCCAUGGUGCAGGCCAUCUUUGUGCAUCCCGGCUACGAGCCGCAGAAUAAGCAUUUCAAUGAUAUUGCCCUGUUGCAGCUGCAGCAACCGUUGAUCCUUGAUGCUCUGGUGCAGCCAGUGCGUUUACCGAGUGCCGAACAAAUGACGCUGGCCAAUAGCAGUGUUGUGCUCGCCGGAUGGGGUUUAAAUGCCACUGGCGGCGUUGUGCAGCAUCAGCUUAUGAAGGUUCAGCUGCAGGCGUUUAGCGAUCAGGAUUGCAGCAACCUGCAUCAAGUUCAACUCCAUGCCACUCAGCUGUGCGCCGGAGUUCCCGAGGGCGGCAAGGGACAGUGCAGCGGUGACUCUGGUGGUCCGCUCUUGCUCGCCGGCAGCGACACUCAAGUGGGCAUUGUGUCGUGGAGCAUUAAGCCCUGCACUCGUCCUCCCUAUCCGGGUGUCUUCACCGAGGUCUCGGCAUAUGUGGACUGGAUUGUGGCAACUGUGGCCACGGCUCCGAAUAAUGAUCCCGCAACGUCGCAGCUCUGGAUUGGUGAAUUGAUUGUGGCACGUGUGCCGCCGCCACUUGUAGCGUAG